AUGGCACCCGUCGGGACGGUUGUGCAGCCGCCUGGCGCACCAGGUGUAGCUUGCUUGGGCUGUGUCUCGAAACGGAGAUGGCGCUGCCUGCUCGCAGGGCUUCUGCUAUUCGGAAUCGCCGGUUGCUCGGCUUUCCUGGCUUAUGCAGAGACCCUGAAGUCCGAGUCCGAAGACGAUGGGCACCAUUCCAUGGAUGCUGCGGUCUAUCAGGCCGUUGCGAGCGAGUCUACCAGAUGGGAGUUGAAGCUCUCUCCUUCCUUACUUGGGGUGCUUACAGGCCUGCUUCUUGCCGUGGUACAUGUGCCUGGCAGCCUUCAGCACCGGGCAAAGGGGUGGUGUCUUAAGAUCGGCGGCUGCUGCGUCCUUCUGCUACUCAGCAUUUACAUUGUUGAGUUUCAGUGGCACUGGCUUUACAAGCCUGGCGGCUGCCGCAGUGGGAUCAGGUACCGGUGGCUGAGCCUCUUGGACUGUGCCGGAAUGGUCCUUCUUGGGCUCUACUGCGCUGUGAAGCCUCAUCCGACUUCGGGAUAUGUCUACGAUGCUCUAUGGUGCGUAUACGGCUUUUCAGCGACAUCCCUGCUCUACAUUGCCAUGGAUAUCUACUUGGAGUGUGACUGGCCAGACCUUAGCCAGCUGGCUGCCGCUUUAGCGCUCACCGCCGAGGCAGUUCUCUUCGGCUGGGUGGCGCAACUCUUCCAAGCGCGGAUGCGGUCGGCAGGGGAUGACGGUCUGGCGAGUUCCAAUGCCUGGGUGUACACCAUGGUAAUAACUUUCCAAGCCAACGUGGAGCUGGUGUUGAUCGAGUCCUUCCUCCAGCGGGACUUCGGAGCCUUCAUCUUCCUACAUAUCGCAAGCGUUGCGUUCAAGUUGAUGUUCCUUGGCAUCUGGCUCUCCUACACGUACUUCAUGGUCCGGAGCCUUUUCCACAGCCUGAGUGUCUUGCGGUUGGAGCGCCAAAGAACAAGGGGGGUGGCGCGGCAGCAAGCGCACUGGGCAAUACGCAUUGUUCGAAUGGAGAUUGUGGUUUCGCUGCUCAUUGGUCUUACGACCGUGGUCACGUGGACCGUGGCGGUGGCAUUUACCCUCGCCGACCUGUGUUGCAUAAACAAAGAUGAGACUUCAUUCACGUGGGCCCGAGUGCGAACAUUUCUCCACCGUUCGGAUGUGAUGGUGAAUGCAGUCGGCGUGGCGCUCCUGUCGGGCGUCCUGUGGCGGGCUCCCCUGCCUAGGGCCAGCGACCUCACGAAGCUCGAGGAGAUCUCGAGGAUGCGGGCUGGCAGCAGCUUGUCGCACUUAGAUUUUCAGGACAGGCAAAGCUACGAAGCCAAAGCCGCCGAACUGGCUGGGCGAGGUUUCCGGCUCCGGGACCUUCUUGACUUUUGGGGCGUCUUGCUGGACAGACAGGUGAUGUCAGGCUUUUGCCCCGAGCGCUCCACCACCACGGACGUUGUCCGAGGGGCCAUCAUCCCAUUGUCGCGCACAUCUCUAGGUGGGGUUGCCCUUGCUACCAAGUGGAAUCAUGGGCAGCCUCUGGUACCGCAGCAGAUGGUGACACAUGCUUGGUCGAACACCUUCGCCAACUUGACGGCGGCCAUCGUUGGAGAUGCCCUUGGCCUCGAAACGUAUGGCGAUUUGGCUCAGCGUCUCGGCACCAAAACGGGGCUGGCGAAGAUUGUGUCAGAUGUGCGAGCGGCCGAGAAGCUGGAUUCGACUUACUGGGUCUGUGCUUUCUCCAUCAACCAACAUGCCACCAUCUGCAAUAGCUUGGGGCAAAGCCCGCCGCGCGACACUGCAGCAUGGACGGCCUGGGAUAGGAAGUCGCGGGACUCCGUCACCGGAGAGCGCUAUCCCCCGUGCUGCUGCCGGGAGCCCAAGACCUCCCAGGACUACGUGGUCUGCGAGGUCAACAAGUUCGAUACCAUGAUGGAGCUGCUGACCCGUAGGGUCGCCAAUGGCGUGGCUCAGCUGGUCGUUGUGGACCCUGGCUUCGACGUGCUCUACAGAGCCUGGUGCGUCGCCGAGAUCGUCGAAGGAAACAUCCUUGGCAUCCCGGCCCGGAUAUCGGUCUUCUCCAGAGAUGUGGUGGACGAGAACUACGAGCGUCUCUCGCUGUUGGACGUGCGUGACUGCGAGGCAUCUGUCCAAAGUGACAAGGACAUGAUCAUCUCCAAGAUCGCCGAUAUCGACGUCUUUAACCUUAGGCUGCAGCAGCUGGUUUUCAGUGCGCAAGGCCUGUUUGGGAGUUGGUUGGAUGGCAUCGAGCGUUCGAAGCACGUCGCCACCAUUGUCAAGAGAUCCACGCAGUCCCUUGAACUGGUGGACAAGAAGAUGCCGAAGAUCUGCUGCUUCCGCCGCUCCCUGAGUGGUGACUGGUCCGAGUCCGCCAGCGAAAGCGAGACUUCCUGCAGCAGCGCCUGA